UUGACAACCCUAGCUGCAAUCAAGGAGGCUAACACCCUACUCCUGAAUGGACAGGAAACUCUGGGACAGGCAACAAAUAAGUUUCCUGACCUACCGCAGAACAUAGAAAAAUACAAUCGCACGGCAUUAAGUGUGACGAAGGAACCGAUGAUACACGAUAAGAUGCCGUCCCUUUCUGUCGCAGCGGCUUUCAAGGAGUCUAUCUCGCUCCCUCCAAGUCAAGCGAGCACGCGCGCGGGCUCGUGUGUGGAGGCUGACACCGAGGUUUCGACACAACAGCUACGUCAGGAAUGCGUAGGUAUCUCUGAGCGAUCUAAGCAGCAGGUGAUUAGCAGAGUAUAUUGGUCUGUACAUAAUACAGAGUAUAUUGGUCUGUCUGAGGCAUGUAGAGAAGCAUUAUAUCUUAAGGAAUUGCAAUAUGAAAUAACCAAUAAGAUGUAUACAAUUAGCAUAUUCAAUGAUAACCAAGGUGCACAGAAGCUGUGUGCAAACCCAGUCUUUCACAAACGUACUAAGCAUAGGGGGAAGUCCCGUAACGCCGGACGGCACCUAGCGCCGGACACUCGUACUAUUUAA